AUGUUGCACAGCUACGUUGUUGGAGAGUAUAUCCACAGCUCCGCCUCGCGACGGUUCCCUUCGGACUUCGGUGUUUGGGACAUCGCAGGGGACGAUGCCUCGGGCUAUACCAUGACCAACGUCGGGCUCAACAUGCCCCUGGUCCUCACCCCGGAGAAUACGCUCGCUGGGAUGUCGGUGGGCACCCCGGCCAAGUUCACCUUCGCGAAGCGUGGGGACAACGGUCGCGUGUCUGUGGCUUUGUCCUCUGGUGCGGGUACGUGGGAGAUAGAUCCGAGCCUUGCUCCCGUCCGAGCCACAGUCCGAAUCCUGCCGGAGGAUACCGAGUCGUCCCUUCAGGAAUUCACUUUCAGACCGUUUGUAGAGUGA